AUGGUUCCUAAAGAGCUACCCACGCGCGACCAACUGCGCGACUACAACUAUGCCGUCGCUGGACAUGCCGGCACCCUUUGCGACGCCGAAGGCGAGCUUUUCAUCAAGCCAUGCACACAAUCAGAAAUCGAUUUCUACCAGUCCGCCAAUCGGCGGCAUCCCGACUUUGCCGAACUGAUGCCCCUCUUCAUGGGCUCGUUGAUGCUCAGCGACCCGACCACCGAAGGCAUUGACGAUGCCAUCGCGGGGGUCAUUUCCGACUCUGGCGAUAUCAAGACGACCAAGGAGCAGAUCGUCGCCUCGGUUGCCCAGCAAAUAAAGAACGCGCCGCUCGACCUCUCCGAGCCCUCAUCUGAGUCACAGUCCGAGUCGCAGUCCGAGGACAACAUCUCGUGGAUCCCGACAAAGGGCAAAAAGAUCAAGACGGACAAGGCCGUCGUCCUCGAGAACGCGACAUUUGGUUUCAAGCAAGCAAACAUUCUCGACGCCAAGCUCGGCGUCAGGCUAUGGGCGGACGAUGCGCCGCUCGAAAAGAAGCGCCGCUUCGACAAGAUUUCUUCCGAGACAACACACGGCAAUCUCGGCUUCCGCAUCGCUGGUAUGAGGGUCUACCGCGGGUCGGAGGAUCCUUCGGACCUGGAUGAGGAGGAUUACAAAAUCUACGACAAGGACUAUGGGCGCCUGUCCGUCAACGACGAAAAUGUUGUCGAUGAGUUCCGCAAGUUCGUCUUCAACAAGGCUGCUGGCAUCGACGAGGAGCUGGGCAAAGCCGUCUGCGCAGCAUUUGCUCGCGAUCUGAAGAGAGUAGUCGACGUCAUGUCUCGGCAUGAGAGCCGCAUGUUCUCGUCGUCGCUCCUCUUUGUAUUCGAGGGUGAUGGCGAGGCCCUCCGCAAGGCUAUCGAAGAGAACAACGCACUCGUGGAGUCCGCAGUCGAGGAAAAGGUAUGCUUGGACCGCACGACAAGCCGGAUCGACAGCGGCAUUGGCCUCGACGACUCUGACAGCGACGACCUCGAGGAGCUGGAGGUCUCGCUGCCCCAGAUCUAUACGUUGAAGAUGAUCGACUUUGCACACGCACAAUGGACACCAGGGCUGGGCCCCGAUAAAAACAUCCUUACCGGCGUGAGGAGCUUGGAGCGCAUCUUCCAGGAGAUGGCGCAAUGA